UCAGAUCUGUUGCAGGGCAUGUGAUCUGAAGUGUGUUUUCAUCAGAGGAAUUGCCAAAAGUCAGGCUUACAUGGUUGGUGAUCCUAUGGAGAAAAUAAUUCGUUUAAGAAAUGCAUGGGUUGCUGUGUACGUUGAAGGAGAUUGGCGGAUCAUUUUUCCAAAAUGGGCAUUUACCCCGAGGCAAGGCAGCACAAGGGAAGAAGAGGAAACCGACAGCACACUUCCGAAAGUAAAGAUGAAGAGGAGAGGUGGGACUAUAAAUGAAUUCUGGUUCCUCACCGAUCCGGAUAAGUUUGUUUUCUUUGCUCUUCCAGAUGACUCAAAAUGGCAGCUAUUAAAUGUACCUUUUGGUUUGGAGAAAUUUGUAAAGAUUCCCUAUUUAUACAAUCCCUUCUUUCGUGACAAUAUGCAUAUCGUCUCUGCUUUUAAGGGCAAACUUCAGGCGCUGCAAGGCAGGACAGAAAUUGUGAUCCGGUCUAAGAAUGAGGCUUGGGACGGUUUGUUAAUGUUCGAAUUAUCCACGUUAGAUGAGAAAACAGGCCAAUCACUUGCUGAUUUCGCGCAGUUUACGAAAUAUGUCAUCAUGUGUCGUAAUCGCACCACGUGGACAUUUGUCGUUCGCUUCCCAACUUCUGGAACAUACCUAAUGCGCAUUAGGGGUGGAAAAUCUCAGAAUUACCUGCUCAAGUUUUGUGAUUUCAAAAUACAGUGUGAUAAUGUUGUGAAAAAACCUAUAGAAUUGCCCUUUGAGCCCUCUUUUAUAGGAUGGGGACCUAGUCUACACACAGUGAAAUCAGGGCUUCUUAAUGCUACACACAACACGGGUAUCAUUCCAGUCAAAAUACAUAUUCCAACUUUAAUAGGUUUUGAUUUAGACACUAAGGAAAAAAUCCAUGUUGAUCUGUUGAACAAAACUAUAAAACCAAGUGAAAUGGAAGGUUGUAUGAAUUUCAGAGCUGCCAACCGUCAGCUGAACAUCUGGGUGACCGUUCCACAUGAAAGCGAAUACGCACUCUGUAUAUAUCUAAAGAAAGGAACUAAGGUGGAUAAUGUAUGCAACUAUCUUAUCACGUCCAUAGAGAGCAAGAAGAGAUAUAUCAACGAAACUUCGAAAGAGAAUCCUACUGAGACUAUGGUUAGGACCAACUUAAAAUACGUCACUGAGAUGGCCACUUCUCACAAAGAACUGGACGAUGCCAUCAAGGCCUUCAACAAACUGAGUCUAGAAGAUGAUGGGGAUCUGACUUUAGCACAGGAUAAACGAGACUUCUUAAAACUUCAAGCAGAACUAAGAGACGCAAUGAACCGCAGGUUUAUCAAAGUUUUGAAUCCAGUAAUUCAGAAAGCUGAGCAAUCUAAGUUUGCGUCGAAUAGUACCAUCCAGAGGCUAGUUAAAGAGGCAAAAAAGAUUGUAAAGAAUUUGAAGAAGUUGGAAGAAUUUGCACAUCCAGUUCUUUCGCUUAGUUUGUCCACCAUUGCCGAGAUCCAUGGCUACCGACAAGUUACACCGGAAAUUCAAGACGUCAUGACAGCUACCUAUAUGCUGCUGGGUGAAAAAAUCGAAAACAUGGAGGAUUGGGAAGAUAUACGUUAUUUGAUGGGGAAAAGCGGAAAGAAAAAGAGUCUAAUGUUCAGGAUAAAAACCUUCAAUAUGGCGGACUUGACGGAAACUGUGACGGAAAAAGUUGGAUCUAUUCUUGAGAAAUACGACAUCAAAAUGAUUCACAAUAAAAGCUCGGGAGUGGCCGCCUUCUAUGUCUGGUCGACCAGCAUCGUUCAAGAGAAAAGAGCGCUCGAACAGAUGGCCAGAGAACGGGAGGGAGAAACACUCCGCGCCCUUCAAAGGAGGAAAGGAAAACGUUACGUACUACAAAUGGGAUGCGUUGCGUCUUUGGAGGAGGCUAAUGUCUACGAGGGGUUAGAUCUCGAGGGAGAUUGGGAACACGAGGACAAUACGGAUUCUCUUGGCAUUCCAGAGGCAUUCGAUAAUUAUGAGGCACCAUCUCAACCGGUACCCUUGGACAUCAGCAUUUACAAUUUUGCUUCCGUUGAUGAAUACGCCCUUCAGAUUUUAUCUAAGGCACCCUCUGAGCUCUUCAUCAGCUACUCUGGUCUGGUGAAGUAUCUGACAAAACCUUUUAACGAUCCCAUCUUGAAGGUGCGUUCCAUUCUAGUGUGGAUGAGUGGACAAAAGUUGAGGACCAAGAAACUUCCUGCAUCAGCUUCGAAUACACCCGCUGGAUACAUGAACUUGAUAUACAAUAAAAAGGGAACUUUCGCUGCAUUUUUUGCUCUAUUGUGCAGACAAGCAGGCAUACACUGUGUCAUCAUCCAUGGUUUUUACAAAACCGCUCACUAUAUAACUGGAGAUGAAAUUGACCGAGAAAAGAGCCGAUGUAGUUGGAACGCCGUGUAUGUUGAAAAACAAUGGCGGUUGGUACAUCCCUUUCUGAUAUGUACACCUGUGGCAAGAUGGCCCGCCGAGAAUCCAGAAUGGGCCCUAAUUGAAGCCGGGGGCCAAAUGAUGCCCUUAUUUAAACCUGGUGAUGAACCAAAAAAGAGAAAUCCCAAAUCUUUAAAAUCCAGGUCCUUAACCACUGUGAGAUUCAAACGUGAAAUAUUCCCCGAGAAAUCUUUACCUUUGAGCAAGAGGAAGUCUAGAGAUAAGGGAGGCAAAGAAAGAGUGAAGGAUGAAAUGAGGAUUCACGAGAAACCAGAGAACCGUGUUUUCAAUGAAAACUUUUUUCUUCCAUAUCCAACUGAUAUGCUUGAUAUAUGUUUUCCAGAGAUAGAUAUCUGGCAACUUGUGAAUGAUGAAAUUCCCUUCGAACAAUUUCGGUAUCUUCCGAAUCUUCGUCCCUAUUUCUUCAUGAACAAAUUUGAACUUAUGACAGACAGAGUCGCUAUUCUUCAUUCCGAUUCCGGGAUAUUUCACAUAGAGAUACAAGAACCAGAAGAAACUCGAGAUGCUGUCAUGGCGUACGACUUGUAUCAGUAUAAAGGGACUCCUAGAAAUAAUGACGAAGAUGGUGCUUUUGUUUACCUUGACAAGUAUUACAAAACUUGGUACAUCCAAAUCAGGGUUCCUUCGCCAGGAACCUUCCGGUUUUCAUUGUUCGGAAGCCAAGAUGGCGAAGACUCUGAAUGGAUGGCAGAUUUCAGAUUACAAUGUUCUUCAGUAAGCGAUCGGUGCUUCCCUCUUCCAACCUUCCCUGGGGUAUACCUAUGGGGACCAAAAGAUCACACAGAGCGAGUGGGUUUAACCGAGCCAUCCCACCGCUGGGGGGUAAUUCCGAUUAAAAAGGGAGAUGUUCAACCGAUAAAGUUUAUUCUAGUCAGGAAAAUAGAUAUGCGCGUGAGGCUCCGCCAUCGACAAUUGCAAAAAGACGUCCUUUCACAGUUGAUGAAGUAUGAAGCAAACGGAGAAGAGCUUGACAUAACGGUCACUAUUCCAGAUUGUCAAGAGACUGAGUUUAAACUCGAGUUCGCAUUACAGAUAUAUGUUCUUGAUCCAGAAAAUUUGUUUUAUGUGAAUGCUGUAAAUUAUCUUUUAACUUCGAAAGACCCUCGCAAUAACGAAGACAGAAUAAGAGUUAGAGAGAGUGUUCAGCAGAGAAAAGCUAGAGAUUUACUCGUGAAAGCCGCAUUUUCUGCAAAUAUUGGCGAUCUAGAGGAUGCCAUUGAAAAGGCCACUAGAGAGAAAAUAACGGAGCCUGACGAAGAUUUGGAGAGAGCUACCAGGCGACUGGGAUAUCUCCGAAAUCACACGAUUCUUCGGGAUGCAAUUUUGAGAAGACAUCAACAAACCUUGACCAGAGCUAUAGAAGAAGUAGAGAACAGUAAUUACAGGCAUGCAUUAACUCUCCAUUUAAAGCGAGCAGAGGCGCUUAGAAAUAACCUCAUCAAACUGAAGCAGUUUCGGCAUGCCGUGUUAGAACUGAAACCAGCGACAAUAGUUGAGCUACACACGUACGCUAACCCCCCACAGGAGGUCUACGACACAAUGGUGGCCACAUAUCUUGUUUUAGGGGAGAAUUAUAGAAAUCUUAAGAACUGGCCAGACGUCCAGAAGCUUCUCUAUAAGCAGAAGGCAGACGGCAUCAUUACCAGGAUCGCCGACUAUACUGGUGACGUAGAACACGACAAUAUCAUCAAAGCCAAGAAGAUUUUGUCCAAGGUUAGCUUCAAGGCCGUACGGAACGCUAGUGCAGGGGCUGCUGUCUUUUAUCAAUGGACUGAGAAAAUCAUUAAAGAGGUUGAUAAGGGAAUGUUUGUCCCAAAAUCAACAUGA